AUGGUACUCAAAGGCAUCUCACCCCUCAUUUCCCCAUCUCUUCUGAAGAUAUUGGCGGAAAUGGGACAUGGCGAUGAGAUCGUCCUUGCGGAUGCACAUUUCCCGAGCCAUUCGAUUUGCGGACCAAAUGUGCAGGUGGUGAGAGCCGAUGGCAUCUCAGCAUCCGCGCUUCUCGCUGCAAUCAUUCCACUAUUCGAGCUCGACACUUAUGGCGAGGUACCGGUUAUGAUGAUGGAAGUCGUACCUGGCGACACGUCGGACCCCGAAGUCGAAGUCUCGUUCAAAGCAAGCUUAGCAGCAGGCUACACAGGCGAGAUCCUCAAGAUCGAGCGCUUUGCAUUUUACGAGCGAGUCAACCAGAAAGCAUUUGCGAUCGUGGUCACAGGAGAAACGAGGAAAUAUGGGAACGUGAUUUUGAAGAAGGGCGUUACGCCUAUUGCGUAG